AUGACAGAAAAUAGUAUAAAACAUCAAAGAAUCACACCAUUAUGGCCAAAAGCCAACUCUGAAGCAGAGAAUUUUAUGAAACCAAUGGAGAAAGCAAUUCGUGCAGCUCACAUUGAGAAAAAAAAUUGGCGGAAAGAAUUGUACCACUUUUUAUUGAACUAUCGAGCUACCCCACACACAACAACAAAGUUCGCGCCAGCUGAACUUUUAUUCAAUCGAGAAAUUAACACCAAAUUACCAAGUAAAAUUAUCAACCAAAACACCAAGAUUGAUCAACAAGUUCGAGCAAACGAUGAAAAGGGUAAAAGAAACAUGAAAAGAAAUGCAGACAAGUCAGCCAAUGCCAAAGAGGUUGACAUUAAGGUUGGUGAUACAGUAUUGGUCCGUCAGACAAAAAAGAAUAAAUGGUCAACACGGUUUGAUCCUAAACCAUAUUGUGUAACGCGGGUGAAAGGAACAAUGAUAACAGCUACUCGUCCAGGACAUUAUAUCACAAGAAACAUUUCAUUUUUCAAGAAAGUGCUACAACAAGAGAUUCAACACAACUCUGAGGAUGCAAGCGAUGAGGAAGAUUACAGUAAACUUGAUAAUAACCUCCCUGACACAAACAUUGAGGAGAACAAUGAACUUGCUGAGAGACGGUAUCCUGCGAGAGACAGAAGACCUAUCAAUAGAUAUGGUCAAAACAUAUAUAAUGCUUAGUAAUUUUAAUAAUUCGAUUUUAUAAUACCAUUGACAUUUUGUUAGGACUUCAGUGACAAUUCAAAGUAAGGGAGGGAUGCAGUGAUCACAUGAUAGACAUGUGAUACAAUAACAUUUAUAUAUAGUUUUAGGGUGUGUUCACAUUAGUGAUUGAUUGAGCGUUGAAUAAAUAAGUACAACAUUACACGGGCAAUCCCUCUCUGAGAAAGGACAACGUCUUCAACGGACUGGUGCCAAAAUCGUUUGUUUUUGGAUUGGUCGAGAGCGGUGCAUACAAGAAAAAUCCCUUCAACUUCAAGAAUUUUAGCGUCACCUCGAUUGGAAUCAGCGUCAAUGGAGAAGAAAUCACGUUCAGGCCCCUUCAGCUUUCCUAUGCAACAGCCACUCCGAAAUUCACCGAAGCCUACAACACGUUGUUUGCUGGUACGGGAAAGAUGUAUUACAAUACUGGCAACGACAUAUCACGAGAAGAAUAUCCAAAUGGCUACACCUUAUACGCUUUCGAUUUGACGCCAGACAUGUGUGGAUCAUCGCCUCAUUUUAAUGUUGUGCAGAAAGGAAAUCUUGCCAUUGAGAUUCAGUUCGGUACGGCGCCCGCAGGUGCUGUGAGCGUCGUGUGUUACGGAGAAUUUGAAAACACCAUACACAUCGACUCCGAAAGAAACGUGAUCUACGAUUACUCUGGUUAA